CUUCAAGUUUUGUUUAAAAGAACAUUCCAAAUCGAGAAAGAUUAUAGUCAAUGAAGCGUUCAGAACGGGAACUUUUCAAGAAGGAAAACUUGGAGCACAUUUUAAGCUUGCAAAAAAAUACACAUUUCAAAUCAUGAGUGAUUGGAAUAACUCGGUAUCACCGGGAAGUAAAAUUAACGGAUCUCUUUGGGGGCAGGGCGGCACAGCAACAGAAGACGUGUUCAAACUUGUGGCUUGCGGGCUAGUCGGGGUCCUCUCACUUGUGGGUAACAUUCUCUUCGUCGUCGUGGUAUUCAAGGCUCCUCGUCUGAAGACGGCCACGUUCUACCUGCUGGUAAACAUGUCUGUGAGCGACCUGCUCUUCACCUGUAUCUCCAUGCCGCCCUUCAUGGUCAACAUCAUGGGGCUCGGGCUACUGGUGGGUGGUAGCGCCGGGAUCGCUGUCUGCAAGCUACUCAACUCUUCCACGUUUGGAUUGAUGGCAAGCUCCGUGCUCACGAUGACCGCCAUCGCGUUCGACCGCUACAUCGCCAUCAUCAAACCGAUGAGAAACAUUAUGAACAUGUGCAUCCUCAAAUGCAUUAUUGUAAUCAUUUGGGUUUUAAGUUUAGUCUUCAUGAUCCCGUUAUUCUUUGUCUACGAUAUGAGCACUGCAUCUGGGACUGUUUACUGUGUAGAGGACUGGUCUACUUUGAUGCCCGCCGCGCCUCAGCUCGCCUGUAAAAUCUAUAUUAUCGCCCUCUUCGUCAUCAUCUACAUAGUGCCGUUCACGGCAAUGGCUGUUAUGUACUCGUCUAUCAGUUAUGAACUAUGGUACCGCGAGAUCCCCGGAAAUGUUAACAUAGAGAACAAGCUAUACGUGCGACACAAGAGGCGGAAGGUAGUGUUGAUGCUUGUGCUGGUGCUAGUGGUAUUUAUCAUCUGCUGGUUACCUCUACAGUUGGUCACUUUUUUGUUGUACUUUUCCAGCGUACAAGUCUCUGGCGCUGCGGUAUUCACGGUGGAGUUUCUAGUGCGAGCUAAUGGAGCGCUCAACCCAGUCUUGCCACCGGAGGUGUACCCGAAUAUAAGGCGUUCGAGGCUUCACUCGUUUUACCGCAAGCCAAGCAGGUUUUACUCCCAGAUGUGUGGACAAUGGGGGUGGUUCCGGUUUCAGAACGCGGCUUCACGGCCGUGUGCUACGCUUGCUGCGUCAAAUCACAGAAGUGCAAGAUGGUCUACCGUAAAAGAUGUAACUGUGCCUAGAAGAUCCCGAAGCUGUAGACUCGUCGUCGGCGGCGGACGGCAUCACACAGCGCUUUUCCCAUCAUUAUUACAUGGCGCUUGAAAUUUUUUGUUACGUUGGGGGUGAAAAUAAAUCGACAUUGGUGUGACAACGUAGCAGAUGCAAUAUCAAUAUUAGAAUUUCCUUGGCAAGGAAAUUCUAAAAAUUCUAUGAAAAAAAAGAGAGGAGGGACGAGUCGAUUAUGCUAGUAAAACUGGCAUAAUACGCUAGUAGCAUUGCUCGCUUUUGAUCAAAGUUAUGCUCAAAUUAUGCUCGCUUUUAAAAAUUAUGAUCAUUUUUCCGACACAAAAAAAGGGAAAAACAAUAAAAAUAAUUGAUCUUUCAACAUCAACCCUAUGAAAUACAAAGCUUUAAUGCGAAACUAUAUUAAAUACAAAGCUUUACUGUAAACGCAAACAGAGUUUCAAUACUACCGAAGUAUCACACUUAUCAGAGUACAUUAUUUUGCUGAUCAGGGCUGCACCUGGCGUGACGUCACAACUUUCAAUUAUCCACCACAGCAUGCCCGAAUAGAAAGCAUCUGAAGGCUUUUGUACCGAUAUAGCUCGAAUAAACCCAAUGGUCUUUGCAGACACUUCCAUCCUAAGAGUGUUUACCUUUUUAUAAAAACAGAUGCCCCUGAAUUAUUUUAGUAUUUUUUUUAACACGGGAUAUAAACAGCAAUAAAACACAUCUAUAGAAAAUAUUAAUGAAAAUUGUUUUGAAUUGAUGACCAGCUUUGAAAUAACACGAUUUGUAUGACCUUUUGCAAGGCGCUAAAACGCUGUAUUCUGUUUCCGGCGGAUCGAAUUUUUUUUACACAAACAAAUACGACUAUCACCCCUUCUACUGGGGAAAAUACGGAAAUACAAAAUGGAAUAAAUUUUGAGAAAUUUAACGGAAAUCCGAAGAAAAUUUUAUAACUCAAAAAUUGAAAAGGUAUAUUC